AUGGGUGAGAUCAAUAAAGACGCCAAGUUAUUACCCAACAUUACACUGGGAGCCAACAUCUAUGACAAUUUUUUCAAUGCAAUAAGGACUUACUGGACCACUCUGGAUCUGCUAUUCAGAGGACUGAGGAAUCCUUCUACUUACAAAUGUAACAGGAGAGAGGAACCCAUGGCUGCCCUUGGUGGGAUCAACUCCCAAACAUCCAUCCAGAUGGCCAACGUCUUAAAUAUCUUCAAGAUUCCACAGCUCAGCUAUGGCUCCUUUGAUCCAGUGCUGAGUGAAAAAAUUCAGUUCCCUUCCUUCUACCGGAUGGUCCCAAAUGAAGAUCCUCAGUAUGUCGGGAUUGUUGGGCUGCUCAAGCAUUUUGGAUGGAACUGGAUUGGCCUCAUUGUCUCGGAGGAUGACAGCGGAGAAACAUUCCUUCGGACCCUGAGACCAAGGCUCCUGCAAAACACUAUCUGCAUUGCUUGGACUCAAGUGAUCCCAACAGUGACAACAUAUUUACCAAAUAAGAUAAUCAAAGAAAAAUUGUUGCCGAUUAGUAAUACCCUCUUUUUGAGUGACGUCAAUGUGAUCCUUGUGUAUGGAGAUGGUCAGUCUGUGGAGGGUUUACGAAUUGUUUUGUUCUCAGCUGAGUUCUCUCAUAAGCGCCCAUUGGAAAGGGUAUGGAUCAUAACUGCUCAAUGGGAUUUCACUGCUGUAUCCAAUGGGGCAAUGCUCACCACAAGGACUUUCAACGGCACCUUGUCAUUUACAUUCCAUACAAAUCUGGUGCCAGGAUUUCAGGACUUUCUUGAGAGCAUCAAUCCAUUUCAGUCAACGAUUUAUUUCAUCCAGCAGUUCUGGAUUAGUGCGUUUCUCUGUUCGCUUCCACAAUAUAACCUUUAUGUGCCAAACAAGAAAAGCUGCACUGGGGAGGAGAAGCUGGGAAGACUUCCUGGACCUUGGUUUGAAAUGGGGAUGUCCGGCCGGAGCUACAGUAUCUACAAUGCUGUUUAUGCUGUAGCACAUGCUCUCCAUGCCAUGGAUUCAUCGAGAGCCCUGAAGAGAGCAAUGGGAGAUGGGGGUAAAUGGAGCCUUCUGAACGUUCAGCCAUGGCAGCUUCACUCUUUUCUCAGGAACAUCAGAUUUAACAAUAGUGCAAAGGAAGAAAUAUCCUUCGAUGAGAAGUGGGACCUUGCAAGUGGAUUUGAUAUCAUCAACCUAGUCACAUUUCCCAACCAAUCCUUCCAGAGAGUCCAAGUUGGAGAGAUGGACCCUCAAGCUCCUGCAGGCAAAGAGUUCAAAAUCAAUGCAAGUGCUGUUACAUGGAACCCCAAGUUUAAGCAGUUGGCUGUGAGAAUUAGGUCCAAUGCAGACCAAUGUGAGAAGUGCCCAGAAGAUCAGUAUCCAAACAAGAAACAGGACCAGUGUAUUCCUAAAGUCAUAAGUUACUUAGCCUAUGAGGAGCCUUUGGGGGCAGUUCUUGUUUCCUCGGCUCUUUUCCUUUCUGUAAUCACAGUUGUGGUGUCGUGGAGCUUCAUUCAACAUCAAAAUACUCCCAUCGUCAAAGCCAACAACUGGAGCAUCACAUGUGCCCUGCUCUGCUCUCUGCUGCUCUGCUUCCUCUGCUCCUUCUUGUUCAUUGGGAGGCCUGGGAUGGUGACCUGCCUUCUGAGGCAAACUGUGUUUGGCAUUGUCUUCUCCAUUGCAGUUUCUUGUGUGUUGGCCAAAACCAUCACUGUGGUUUUGGCCUUCAUGGCCACAAAGCCCGGAAACAGAAUGAGAAAAUGGUUUGGGAAGAAACUGGCAGUAUCAGUCAUCAUUCUCCCUUCUCUUAUUCAAGCUGGCAUCUGUGCAGUGUGGUUUGUAAUCUCGCCCCCCUUCCCAGAGUUUGACAUGCACUCCCAGAUUGGGCAGAUCAUAGUGCAAUGCAACGAAGGCUCAGACAUCAUGUUCUACCUUGUCCUGGGCUACAUCAGUUUUCUUGCUAUUGUCAGCUUCACGGUGGCUUUCUUUGCCAGAAAGUUGCCCGAUACUUUCAAUGAAGCCAAGCUGAUCACCUUCAGCAUGUUGGUGUUCUGCAGUGUUUGGGUGUCCUUUGUUCCCACCUACCUAAGCACCAAGGGGAAAUACAUGGUGGCCGUGGAGAUCUUCUCCAUCUUGUUCUCUAGUGCUGGCUUAUUAGGUUGCAUCUUUCUCCCCAAAUUCUAUAUUAUUGUUCUGAGGCCUGAGCUGAACACCAGAGACCAGCUAGUAAGCAAGAAGGGUCGUAAGUACUGA